GUUUCACAUGAGUAAUUGACACAAGUAUGUGUUGUGAUUAGUCAUGAUAGUUUGAAGUACUUAGACAUACUAGCUGUUUUUAUUUUAAAGGGCUAUCCUCUCAACUAUCCUGUUUAGGUUGAGUGUUUGAUUCUCUAUAAAAUAUACAUGGACACAUGAGGAAUAUAACGUAUGUGUCUAUAAUAUGUCUGUGGAAACCCCUCUGUGGUUCAUUUGGUACUUACUGUAAGAGAAGGUCAAUUUAAGUCAAAUGGUCCUAACCUGGUCCAAUAGUUGACUUUUUUCCCUUGAUACAUAGAAUGACAUGUGGAAGUAGUUGUUCUGUGUUCUGAUUCACUUCAUAAGUGUCCAUUGAUGUAGCUUGAGUUGAGUGCACAUUGUCUAUGCCCAGAAGGUGGCGCCGCUCUCCAAGUGCUUCUAUUCUUCUUCUUUCCAUCCGGAUGUCCUCUCUGCAGGCUUCCAGAUGGCCUGAUGCCCUCCCUUUAAUACACUCACAAAAUGACAUGGCUGUGUUUUUCGGCCUCUCGGAGGGAAGAUUAACUCUACUCAUUAGUGCCCCUACCCUUCUCUCUCCUCCUGGACCUCUCUCUCUGUCUCCUCCCCCCUCGUUUUUCUGUUAACAUGCUGCACUGUGAUUGGCUGCUUUUGUCAGGACCACUGUUCAGUGGAUUGUUGCGACUACAGGACAAGAGAGGUCUGAGGCGGAGGGAUGGGGUGGAUGUUGCCACGGUAAUAGAAGAGGCGGAGAGACUGAAUUGUGAGAAAAAAAAACAAAAAAACUCAAGUGCAGGGGUGCGUAAAGCUUGUUAGAGGCUGAAUGGAGGAGAGGAGGAAAAACAAUAACAACCGCAAGGGAUUAAUUCUUUGACCACACAAUCAGGAAUAACAUCCAGGAAGAGCCGGUGGUCGAGGCAGUCAUCACCAGUGCUGACCUGCCAAUAUGGACACUACAAACCAUUGCUGAGGUUUACUGAAGAAACAAAUCACUAUUAUGGAAGCUUUUGUUCUAUCAACUCUGAAUGAAUGCUAGCUAAUAGAAAACACCCAAGACAAGGUAGGUGACUGGAUGGCAAAUGGUGAUGGUUAGAAUAAAAGCCAAUAUCUUCAUUAUGACUGUGUCCAAGCACGCACAGUGACCGCAGCAGUUAGCCCCAAAAGCUAGAAAAGGGGUAACGCUAAAAUAAGGAAGAUCGACUUGUUACCUCCACCUCAACCCAGCAGACGUUUAUCCAGACAGCACAAGGCCAGCUCCAUUUGCACUUUAUAAAGAAUGUAUUUUCUAAUUGUAACUCCUUAAAAAUUUUUCAAACAAUCAUGGUUUUAAUUUUUCUCACUUUCGUCAGUUGCAUUUUGUUACUGACCAUGAGACAGGACAUUUAAAAAUUCCCACAAUAAUAAUAUUUAAUGGGAAUGAAGAUUAUUUUCUUUUUGGUCAGUGAAGAAGACAGGAACACAAGACAAGAAAACAAUGAUGACUCUACCAUGACACAUUUUUAAAUACGAGAUGCAAUGACAUGGAGGAGACUGGAUCUGUGUUAUUGUUGACACCCUGAUUUUGAGAGACUUGAGGAUUCAGAUUUUAGGAUUAUCACGAUGGGAGAGACGGCAGAGUACCAAAGACUGCAGGAGACAUCAGAGCCCGAGUAUGAGAACUCCCCCAGUGAUGAAGAAGAGAAGCUGGGCAGUGGCAUGCAGAGUGAGGAAGGCACAGAAUGGCUGCUGGAGCUGCUGAUGGAGGUGCAGCUGCAGCAGUAUUUCCUGCGCAUCCGGGAUGAGCUCAACGUCACACGCCUUUCUCACUUUGAUUAUGUCAAGAAUGAAGAUCUGGAGAAGAUUGGCAUGGGCCGCCCAGGGCAAAGGCGACUGUGGGAAGCUGUAAAAAGACGGAAGGCAAUGUGCAAGCGCAAGUCCUGGAUGAGCAAGGUGUUCAGUGGCAAGCGCCCAGAAGGAGACUUCCCUCAGCAGGGCCAGCCUGUGUCCUCCUUCCGAAAGCUGUCCCCCACUCCCCCUUUGGGCCUGGCUGAGGGAGUCCUGGCUGCUCAGACUGGGGGCACUGCUGCUCUGGAGGGGCAGCAGGCACUCACCUGUCUCAUCCCAGAGAAAGAUCUGACUCUAUUUGAGAAACUGGGAGAUGGCUCUUUUGGGGUUGUGAAGAGGGGGGAGUGGCUAACACCAGCAGGAAAAGUGCUAAAUGUUGCUGUGAAGUGUCUAAAAACAGAUGUGCUGAGCCAGCCAGACGCCUUGGAGGAUUUUAUUUGUGAAGUCAAUGCCAUGCACUCCCUGGACCAUCAAAACCUCAUUCGCCUUUAUGGUGUAGUGCUCACACACCCCAUGAAGAUGGUCACAGAACUGGCUCCUCUGGGCUCUCUGUUAGAGCGUCUGCGGUGUGUGCGCCCUCAGGGCCCUGUGCUCAUUCACACUCUGUGUCAGUAUGCUGUGCAGGUGGCCUGUGGCAUGGCCUAUCUGGAGCAGAGGAGGUUCAUCCACAGAGACCUGGCAGCCAGGAACAUUCUUCUGGCCUCCGCACAUAAAGUGAAGAUUGGAGACUUUGGCCUCAUGAGGGCGUUACCCAACAACGACGAGCACUACGUCAUGCAGGAGCAUCGCAAGGUCCCGUUUGCAUGGUGUGCUCCAGAGAGUCUGAAGACAAGAACCUUCUCACAUGCGACUGACACCUGGAUGUUUGGAGUGACUCUGUGGGAGAUGUUCACUCAUGGGCAAGAGCCAUGGUUGGGACUCAAUGGAAGUCAGAUUCUUCACAAAAUAGACAAAGAAGGAGAGCGCCUCCCGAAGCCAGAGGAUUGUCCACAGGAUAUUUAUAAUGUUAUGCUUCAGUGCUGGGCUCAGAAACCAGAUGACAGACCCACGUUUGUUGCACUUCGUGAGUUUCUUCUUGAGACCAUGCCCACAGACAUGUGCGCCCUGCAGGACUUUGAGGAGCCUGACAAACUUCUAAUCCAGAUCAAUGAUGUCAUCACCAUCAUUGAGGGAAGGGCUGAAAACUACUGGUGGCGUGGACAAAACAAGCGCACUUUAAAAGUUGGGCAGUUCCCCAGAAACGUAGUGACCUCUGUGGCCGGUUUAUCAGCUCAUGACAUCAGCCGGCCUCUGAAAAACAGCUUCAUCCACACGGGACACGGAGACACCAACCCACACCGCUGCUGGGGCUUCCCCGACCGAAUAGACGACUUAUACCUCGGUAACCCCAUGGAUCCCCCGGACGUCCUGGCUUCAGAUCUCACUGGCACUCGGCCCACACAGCUUCCAGGACGAUCCAAAAAGCCCUGUUAUGAUCCUGUAAAUGAGGAGGAGGAUUUGACUUCAGCAGGACUCAAGAGACUCUCCCUCCGUAAAACUGGCUCUAUCAAAGGGUUGAAACUUAAACCUGCUGUCUGGGUGUCAGCUUCAAAACAGGGCUUAAAAAACCCAAAUCACUCUGAAGUAUCACUUAUUGACUUUGGGGAGGAGUAUUCCCCCCCAGCGCCCUCCCCCUCUCCUGUGGUAGAGGUUCACAUCCCCACACUGGCCAGGCUGGCUUUGGAAGCAGACAAUAUACUGGACCGAACACCUCCACAGAGCCCCUCCAGAAGCCUGCCCCGCCCCCUGCACCCCACCCCUGUGGUGGACUGGGACGCCCGGCCGCUGCCUCCUCCUCCAGCCUAUGACGAUGUAGCACAGGAUGAAGAUGAUAUGGAAGUGAGCUCUAUCAAUAGCACUGAGCAGCAGUACAGAGAGGAGCAGCCGCUGAUCUCUGGACACAACACAGAAGACCAGCCUGGGGCCCCCUGUAGUUUAUACAAACCAGGCCUUGAGGACAAUCUGUUUCUUCCCACUAAGCAGAGCUGCUCCAGUGCGUUCUCACAGUCUGCAGAGAUCUUCCAAGAGCUGCAGCAGGAGUGUAUGAGGAGGCUACAUGUGCCUGUGGCUCCUGCUCACUCCACUUCUCCUUCACAGGCCUCGGGUGCUCAGACCCCCCUGACCCCCCUGACCCCACUCUGUAAUGAUGACAAACCUCUCAUUCCUCCCCGUGUGCCCAUACCCCCACGACCCAUAAAGAGAGGAGACUACUCUGGUUCUCGCUGGUCCCAGGACCUGUCUCUGUCACCCUCUCCAGCUGAGCUUACAGAGGAGCAGUCAGUCCCAGACCAGGAGAGACCUCCUCAGAUCCCCCCUAGAGACCCUUUAUCAGGUUCCCGAACCCCCAGUCCUCUGAGCCUGGUGAUGGGCUCUCCUCGAGUGUACUCCAUCAGUCCUACAGCUGUACAGUCCCACAACUCCUGCCCCUUGUCUCACAACUAUGGGUCCUACCUCUCCACAUCUCCUGCCAAGACCAUGCCCACCACACACAGCUUUGCCUCGGAUCCCAAAUACGCUGCUCCCAAAGUCAUUCAGGCCCAGGGGAAGGAGUCCUCCAAUAAGGGCCCCUGUAUUCUGCCCAUUGUCCGGGACGGUCGCAAAGUCAGUAACACUCAUUAUUACUUGCUGCCAGAAAGACCUCCAUACCUCGACCGCUAUGACCGCUUCUUUAGGGAGGCUGAGAGCUUCCCAUCCAGCCCUGUGGAGGAGCGAACAGGCCGCCACCCUAACAUGGCUGCUGUCAAACCCAUGGUGGUCAACAGCCACACCCUCCCAGGACACUGCUCUGGACAGAUGCCUAAUCUGCCCACCAGCAGCAGUGGGGGUUUGCGUUCAGGCAUUAAGACCUCUGUGAGCCUGCCUAGAGUCUGUACAGACACACCUGGGUCUUGUCCGCGGAUAGAGGAAGGCGUGCCCUCUGCUGACCUGAUUAGAAUGGUGCAGGAGGCUGUCCAUGGAGUAACAAUAGAGGAGUGCCAGGCGGCGCUACAGAACCACAGCUGGAGCAUCCAGAAGGCUGUGCACUACCUGAAGGUGGAGCAGUUGUUUUGUCUGGGCCUCAGAAGCAGGGCAGAGUGUCUGAAGCUCCUGGAGAUGUGCGACUGGAACUUGGAGGUGGCCAGUACCCAGAUGUUGGACAACUAUGGAUCUACAACAAGGCAAAGACGGUGACAGGAGCUUAAGGACUUGCAUAAACUAUAGACUUCAUCCAAGGACUGCCCUGUCUAUCAAUGAAGGAAAAUGAGAUUUCUACAGAUUUGCACCAAAUCAUAAACAUGUAUUUCAUAUGCAGUCUGCUACGUGUUGCUGUGGGGUUGAAUCAUUUUUGCACUUGGACACGCUACAUUACUUGUCUGUAUACAUUUGUUUCUACAAGUUCUCAGUGGUAUCUAAUGAGUAAUGGGGCCGACAUCUCACGCAUUAACAAGGCGUAUUUUAGCGUGGUGCUUUUUAUGGCCCACCAGAUUGCUCUAUUCCGUCUGUAAGCACUUAGCCACACAACUUUACAUGCAUCAGCUCCAGUCUCCGGCCAACUUUGUGUUUUCUGCAUGUGUCUGCACUUCACAACAGCAGUGUAGCGCGAUUUAUCCAAGCUACGCACCCUUGUCCCAUUAUCAUCACUUAAAAGUGUAACUGCGAUAUUGGCUCUGCAGUAAUUUAUAUAACAAACAUAGACUGCCAGGAUUCUACGUUACAGACCCAAGAUGUUUGAGGAGAAGUUCUAUUUUAUAAUGAGCAAGUUUGACUUGAUUUUGCCCUCCUUUUUUUAAAUUCACAUCACACAGUCUCAGUAUUAUUUAAAAAUCCAAUCAAAUGUAUAAGUAACCACCCGACUUUCAACUUUCCCAUGGUAUUAGAGCUGUGUCAGAACAGCAAAACUUUUUGUCUCUGCUAAGAAUGGAACUGAAUGCCUUGAGUAAAUUAAAAGGCGCUGAAUUGUGUUGAAAAAAUAUUUAUUUAUAUAUAUAUAAAAAAAAGAUGUACAGUGUUUUUUGAAAUGACAACUUUCUGUAAAAGCUUUGUCCUAUGUGCAAUAAUGACACUGUGCAUACUGUCCAUCUUUUUGACGUUUGUGUUUUUGUGACUUUUUGGACCUAAAAUGUCUCUGUAAUUUCCAGUUAGUUGGAGUUCUUUAAACAGGACCACAGGAUCUACUGUUUUUACUAUGUUUGUCUGUCUGAUACCAUGCUGCUGUAGGCCCAAUACAAGAACUGAACCCAAAGUCAAUCCUUAUUUGUGUUAUGGACAUGUGUAAGUAGUUAGUAUUUUUGUGUCUUUUCAAGUGUGUUUCUCUACACGUCUGUGUUCUGUAUACUGUACAAUUUGUGUUUCGUGGAUUGAUUUGUUAAAGAGUCCAUGCUGCCGAUUAAACAAAUGUAUUUUUAUUAAAAGAUUUUAUCAUUUUCUACCUCGA